GAGUCCAGUGUGUGGGCUAAGAUGCUUUCACCAACAGAAGCCACUUCACUUUGGAUGAGAUAAUUGUGUUAAAAGCAGCCACACAUAUCCAAAUCGCUCAGUGCAGAACUGUCCAACCAUGUCUGGAGACAGCUGCAUUCACCUCUGAGUGCUGAGCACUUUCAUGAAGUUGCUCUCUGGAUGCAAACCAGGCAGAGAUGACAUCUGGCCAAAACAGGAGAUCGUUCGGGAAGAUGUUUCCUCGCUCAGGGAAAUCCAUCGUCUUUGACAGCUUUCCAGAUCCAUCUGAUACCUGGGAGAUCAUUGAGACUAUUGGUAAAGGGACUUAUGGGAAAGUUUAUAAAGUGCUUAACAGAGUCAAUGGCAGCAAAGCCGCCGUCAAAAUAUUGGAUCCUAUCCAUGAUAUUGAUGAGGAAAUUGAAGCUGAAUAUAACAUCCUAAAAGCUCUCUCAGACCAUCCCAAUGUCGUCAAGUUCUUUGGAAUGUUCUACAGGAAGGAUGUCAAGAACGGGGACCAGCUUUGGCUAGUGCUUGAGCUGUGUAAUGGAGGGUCUGUCACUGAUCUGGCUAAAGGUAUGCUGAAAAGAGGAGACCGCGUGGAGGAACCCAUCAUAGCCUACAUCCUACAUGAAGCUAUCAUGGGUCUCCAGCAUUUACACAUCAAUAAGACCAUCCAUCGAGACGUCAAGGGCAACAACAUCCUGCUCACCACAGAAGGAGGAGUCAAGCUGGUUGACUUUGGAGUAUCUGCCCAGCUGACAAACACCCGGCUGAGGAGGAACACUUCUGUCGGGACACCCUUCUGGAUGGCUCCAGAGGUCAUCGCGUGUGAGCAGCAGCUCGACUCCACGUAUGACGAGCGCUGUGACGUGUGGUCUCUGGGUAUCACUGCCAUAGAGCUGGGUGAUGGAGACCCGCCCCUCGCUGAACUUCAUCCAAUGAGAGCUCUCUUCAAAAUCCCAAGAAAUCCUCCACCCACCCUACAUCAACCAGAGCUCUGGUCAAACGAUUUUAAAGAUUUUGUAUGCAAGUGUCUGAUAAAGGAUUUUGAGCUCAGGCCCAAUGUGUUUGACCUUCUUCAGCAUGUCUUCAUCAAACAGAUUGUGGGCCGAGAGAGGAUGUUGCAGAAGCAGCUGAUGGAGCUAAUCGACCUCAACCAGCAAAUCGGCGUUAUUGAGAAAACAAGCCAUCUUGGAAUGACAGAAAGGAGAGACAGUGAAUCCAGGCAUGAGCGUAUCCACACCAAAAAAGGCAGCCACAUGAAGUCUCAAAGUCAAACGUGUGAUGACGUGGAAGAUCUGGCAAUCCUAGAGGUUCUGGAUGAAAACACAAUCACCGAACAGCUACAGAGACGUUACACAAAGGAGCUGAUCUACACCUAUGUUGGAGACAUCCUUAUAGCGGUCAAUCCAUUCCAGGAUACGGAGCUAUAUACGCCUGAGCAUUCUAAGAUUUACGUUGGAGCCAAAAGAACGUCCAACCCUCCUCAUAUAUAUGCAGUCGCGGACAUCGCAUAUCAGUCCAUGGUGUCCUAUAAUGCUGAUCAGUGCAUUGUCAUCAGCGGAGAGAGCGGCUCUGGGAAAACAGAGAGCGCCCACCUGUUAGUCCAACAGCUGACCGUCCUCGGAAAGGCCAACAACCGGACCCUCCAGGAGAAGAUUUUGUUGGUCAAUAGUCUGGUGGAAGCCUUUGGGAAUGCCUGCACUGUGAUCAAUGAUAACUCCAGUCGCUUUGGGAAGUAUCUGGAGAUGAAGUUCACCUGUGGAGGCACAGUGGUGGGAGCUCAGAUCUCAGAUUACCUCCUGGAGAAGUCUCGGGUCGUACACCAGGCUGUAGGGGAGCGUAACUUUCACAUCUUCUACUAUAUCUAUUCCGGUCUGGCAGAGAGGAAGAAACUCGGCCACUACAAGCUGUCAGACAGUAAAACUCCAAAGUAUCUCCACAAUGAGAAUGUUAAAUUAGUGCCUGACAUUGUGGGCAAUUCCUUCUAUAAGGAGCAGUUUGAGACUGUGGAGCAGUGCUUCAAAGUCAUCGGCUUCACCCUAGAGGAGCUCGGGAGCGUUUACAGCGUCUUAGCUGGGAUCCUAAAUGCAGGUGAUGUCGAGUUCACAUCAGUGGCUUCUGAACAUCAGACGGACAAAAGCAACAUUUCCAACAUGGCAGUGCUGGAGAGUGCUGCGUCGCUGCUGUGUAUCCGUGCAGAUGAGCUACAGGAAGCACUGACCUCUCACUGCGUGGUCACACGGGGCGAAACCAUCGUCAGGUCAAACACAGUGGAGAAGGCCACUGAGGUGCGGGACGCCAUGGGCAAAGCUCUCUAUGGACGCCUGUUCGGCUGGAUUGUCAACCGCAUCAACUCUCUCCUGAAACCGGACAACCAGUCAGGGGAGGAAGACAAGGGUCUGAACAUCGGCAUCCUGGACAUCUUCGGCUUUGAAAACUUUAAGAGGAACUCUUUUGAGCAGCUCUGCAUCAACAUCGCCAAUGAGCAGAUCCAGUUCUACUUCAACCAGCACAUCUUCGCCUGGGAGCAGGAUGAGUAUCUGAACGAAGAUGUGGAUGCUCGAGUGAUCGAAUAUGAAGACAACCGGCCGCUGCUGGACCUGUUCCUUCAGAAGCCCAUGGGAAUGUUAUCGCUGCUGGACGAGGAGAGUCGCUUUCCUCAGGCAACCGACCAGACCCUCGUCGAGAAAUUUGAGGACAACUUAAAAUCGAAAAACUUCUGGAGACCAAAGAGAGUUGAUCUGGGCUUUGGAAUCCACCACUACGCGGGCAAGGUGAUCUAUAAUGCCAGCGGCUUCCUGGGGAAGAACAGAGAUGCUCUGCCUGCUGAUAUUGUUCUUCUGCUGAGGUCGUCAGAAAAUGAACUGAUCCGUAAACUGGUUACUCACCCGCUCACUAAAACAGGUAACCUGGCUCACACUAAAGGCAAGGCGGCGGGCUCUGCUCGUAUGGGAACGCAACAAUCACAGCGCACCAUUAACUUUGCCAAGUUGGAGGGUCUUAUGUUGUUCAGUACUGUAUCAGUCGGUGAGUCUUCCUCUCGGAAAUUAACUCCCAACCAUGACAAAUCAAUCCUUGCCUUGCCCGUUGCCACUGUGCAAAUGGCGGAGAGCACAGGGGAAAGCACACAUCACCCCAGAGAGACCACCAACAUGAAGACUCAAACUGUUGCCUCUUACUUCAGAUAUUCUCUAAUGGACCUGUUAUCAAAGAUGGUGGCAGGCCAGCCUCACUUUGUCCGUUGCAUAAAACCCAAUAAUGAUCGUCAAGCCCACAAGUUCGACAGGGAGAAGGUUCUGAUCCAACUACGCUACACUGGAAUUCUAGAGACGGCCAAGAUCCGCAGACAGGGUUACUCUCACCGCAUUCUCUUCAACAACUUCAUUGAGAGGUACUCUAUAUUAGCAUUUAGAGCCAAUGAAGAGCCAGCAAUGAAUCCAGAGACAUGUGCGGUUAUUUUGGAGAAGGCCAAACUAGAGAACUGGGUUCUGGGCAAAACAAAGGUCUUUCUUAAGUACUAUCACGCGGAGCAGCUGAAUCUGAUGGUGAGGCAAACCACGGACCGGAUUGUUCUAGUCCAGGCAUGUGUACGGGGCUGGCUGGCAUUCAGACGAUAUCGUUUGAUGCUGGAAAAGAGAGAACAAAGUGCCGUGGUGUUACAAUCAGCAUACAGAGGACACAAAGUUCGGAAAACAGUGGCUGAUGACAAAAGCAAAGCAAAGUCUGAAGUUGUUUUAACCCAAUUUCAAGCUUUGUGCAGAGGAUAUCUGGCAAGGCAGAAAUACAAGGAGUUGCUAGAGGAAAAGAACAAAGCUGCUGCAAAGAUCCAGGCCCAUUACAGGGGACACAAAGAGAGGAAGAGCUUUAAGAGGAAAAAAGAAGCCAUGCAGAAGGAAAAGACUGAGAAAACAGAGGAAGGGACCGAGGUCCCAUCUGAAGCAGAUGGUCCAGAUUCAGAGGAGCCGCCACAGGAAGGAGGUGAAAUGGAAAUGGAUGAUGCUGAUGAAAAGGCUGCUGUGGUCCUCCAGAGCAACUACCGAGGUUACAAAGAAAGGAAGAAAUACAAGGAGCGUCGGGAACGGAACAAGACCUUGACCGGGGAUGAGCUGAACGUUUCCUCAUCCAGCGCUGAAAAAGAUACUUCUGGAGAAGAUUUGGAUGAUAUACAAAAGGAAGGGCAGGAGAAUAUAGAGGAAGAAAAGGAGACUGAGGAAGAGGCUGCAGGUGGAGGAGAUGAGGACACUGAACAGGAAGCCAAAGCAGCCACUGUUCUACAGAGCAACUUCAGAGGUCAUAAAGAACGUAAAAAACUCCAGGAGGAGGGGAAGAUGCCGGUUAGAGGGAAGACGGAGACACAGAGUCCUUUAGUUGAGGAGGAGCUUCCUAUUCCAGAUCCACCACCUCCUGAAGAACUGAGAGAGUUCACAGAGGAAAUGGAACAAGAAGAUGAGACUCCAGCUGGAGACGAUGAAGAGGCCAAAGCCGCCGUGGUCCUUCAGAGCAACUUCCGUGGCCACAAAGAGCGUAAAAGACUCCAGGACGAAGGCAAAAUACCAAGGAAAAAAACUAAAGAGGAUCUGGCUAAUCCAGAAGCUCCAGAACCAGACAUUCUGAUUGACGAAUUUCCACCUCCUCCAGUAGAAUUUGAGCUAGACCAAGACCUAGACUCCAGUCCAUCAGGGGCAGAUGAAGAACACGCCGCAACUGUUUUACAAAGCAAUUUCAGAGGCCACAAGGAGAGAAAGAGAUUGAGAGCUGAGAGAGAAGGAGCCACAGGAAGCGAGCAAGAAAUGUCAGAAGAGGUGGAGGAGCAGGAGAAUGAGGAAGGUCUGGAUAUCACAGAUGUUCAGCUAGAACAGAAGGAGGUUGAGGAAGAGGAGGACACUCAGGAUGAGGAAGGCCAAUACGACGAGCACCAGGCAGCCAUUAAAAUCCAGAGCAAUUUUAGAGGUUACAAAGACAGAAAGAACCUGAAAGCUACAUCACAAAAACAGGACGAGGAAGUGGAGUCGCUCUUCAAAGAGGUAAACAAGGCUUCUGAAGAUUACCUUUCCCUGCAGAAGAAGUUAAACGAAAUCAUCCUUGCCCAUCAGCUCAACCCCAGCAAAAAUGGGAUGUUUGUGAAAGGACAAGCCAUGAAUGGCUACAUGAGCAGCUAUCAGCCACCAGCCGACACAAAGCAGUCCCGAACGCCUCGCCGCACACAACAACCAAAGACCCUGAACACACCAGAGGACUCCACGUACUACACACUCAUUCAUAGGUCUGUCCAGGACGAUAAAAGGAGGCCGAGAAAACAAAGCCCCAAAAAGCUGGACAAUGAUGACCAGUACUACCAGGGUUUGAGCAGCAGUAAAUCCACAAGCCUUCCCAGUGACCGACGGCGCUCCAGCAAACGCAGGGCUUCCGCUGAGAGAAGACGCUCUUCUGAGACACCGCUGUCCGAUGUCCCGAAAUCUGAUAUCCCUAAAGAUCCAAAGGAGAAGAGGCACUCGUUCUCUAGAAUGCCCUCUACAGAGACUCAAAGUGAGGACAACCCCUAUGACUAUAGAAAGAUACUGAGGAAGACCUCCCAGAGAAGAAGGCUUAUAACACCAUAACCCUCAACAACAG